CGCUAGUGUGAGUGUAUAUUGCCGUGCCCUGACUGCUGAGGAGACGUGUAGAGGUGUUCAGACUGAGGACAACACCAUCAACAGCCACUAUAAUGUCUAUUUUAAACAAAGUUUCUGUUUAACUUCUGUUUUCUUUCUAAGAGUUGGAUUAUUGGUUAAGGAACUCAGCGCGUAAAGUUAUUGAACCUGGUGCCGGUUUGCGCAAGCGGAACUUUACCUGAUUCACUUCGACUUUCUGCAGGCUCUGAUCAGGACUCUACCAUGAGUACGACAGUGUAUAAAAAUGGUCGAAAUGGCAAUGAAAAUGUUGUCUUCCUUACAAAUACACAGAAGCCAGCAUCGAAGCGGAAGAAGACGGGGCUGGUGGUGGGAGGUGUGCUACUGCUGCUGGUGCUGGCGGCUGUGGCUGGAUUUCUCAUAUGGUGGUUUGCUGUCAAACCCAAAUUGCUCCAGCAGAAAAUGGCACUUGACAUGGCAAGCCAGCAGAAUUCGAGAACGGUAGUCUUCAGUGGAGAUAUGAAGCUGAUAGAUGCCCCGUACAAGCCUGAAUACCAGAACCCCAAAAGCAUGGAGUUCGUUGAGACAGCCGACGAACUGCAGGACAUCCUGAAUAGGACGAUCAACAGUGACACUUUUCUCAAGAAGUACUACAAUCAGUCUGUCAUCUCUGCCUUCAGCGAUGGUGUGAAGGCAUACCACUGGAUACGUUUUGACAUUCCUUCAGCAGACGUAGCGCUGCUGCCCAAGUUCACGGAGGAGCGUGUGCUGGAAACCCUUCGCCGAGGAGUCCGGCAGGAGGGCAAACGCAGCAUGCAGGCCUUCACCAUUACAGACAUCACCGCCUCAAUUACAGACCCCCGGAUGGCCAGGAACCCGAGAGCCCCAGCGGAGUGUUUCUUCCAACUAGAGGCUACCUCCAGCUUCCAGACGUUCCAGUCUCCUGGUUACCCAGACAAAUAUCCAGUCCAGACACGCUGCCAGUGGCAAAUCCGUGCUCCUAACGGCAACGCCAUCCUGAUCAAGUUCCCUUUUUUCUACAUUCAGGACUCAUGCUCCAGCGACUACGUGUUCAUCUUCGACUCUCUCAGCACUGAUGCAGCUCACGCCAUCACACAGAAUUGUGGUCAACGCCCCCCGACUAACCCCCUGGAAGUGAUCUCCUCUGGCAACCAUAUGCUUAUCAACCUCAUCACCGAUAGUCCAACUCAGAGACCAGGAUUUGAAGCACGUUACCGCGCCCUCCCCGUUAUUACAGCUCAGACAUGCGGAGGACUUCUGACCAGAGAGUCCGGAAACUUCACCAGCCCACAGUACCCAAGCUUCUACCCCCCUAUGGUGGACUGCAACUGGACCAUCAGUGUCCCGGUUGGCAUGAAAAUCCGGGUGAAGUUCACCAUGUUCCGUCUGAAGGAACCGGGCGUGAACAUCCGCAUUUGCCACAAAGACUACGUGCUGAUCAACGGCACAAAGUACUGUGGCGAAAGAUCUUCUCUGGCUCUGAACAGCAACUCCAACACCAUGGUGAUAAGCUUCCAUUCAGACAGCUCGUACACGGAUAAAGGCUUCAGUGCCCAGUACAAAGCUUAUGACCCACAGAACCCUUGUCCGGGUCAGUUCGCCUGUGCCACAGGUUUCUGCAUUUCCAAAGAGCUGCAGUGUGAUGGCUGGAAUGACUGUGGAGACAUGAGCGACGAGAAAAAGUGCCAAUGUGAGGAGGACCACUUUGUAUGUGCCAAUGGCAUGUGUAAACCUAGGUACUGGUUGUGUGACCAAAUGAACGACUGCGGAGACAACAGUGAUGAACAAGGCUGCAGCUGUGGGAAGAAUCAGUUCCGUUGUGGUGAUGGCACUUGUUUGCCUUUAACUGUAAUGUGUAACGGGAAGAAAGACUGUACAGAUAGCAGCGAUGAAGCCUCCUGUAAAGAGUCUGCAGGAAUGUGCACAGAUUUCACCUUCACCUGUGGAAAUGGCCAGUGUGUGAACAAACUCAAUGCCGAGUGUGAUAGAGUCACCGACUGCUCUGAUGGGACUGAUGAGCAGAACUGUGACUGUGGGGAGCGACCAUACAAACACAACCGGAUAGUCGGAGGGCAGAAUGCCGAUGUGGGCGAAUGGCCAUGGCAGGUCAGUCUACACUACCAAACCAACGGGCACGUCUGCGGCGCCUCCAUCAUCUCCAACAAAUGGCUGCUCAGUGCCGCUCACUGCUUCAUGACUGGCGACCCUGCGUACCGUGAACCAGAAAACUGGAUGACGUACAGCGGUAUGAACGAUCAGCAAAAGGACGAGAAGAGUGUGCAGAUGCGAGAGGUGAAGACCAUCAUCACGCACAGCGACUACAACCAGAUGACUUUCGAUAAUGACAUUGCAGUACUGGAGCUGAAGGAGCCACUGGAGUUCUCCAGCACUGUUCAUCCAGUGUGUCUGCCCUCCAGCUCACAUAUCUUCCCACCUGGGAUGAACUGCUGGGUGACUGGCUGGGGGGCACUUCGGGAGGGAGGAAGCAUCGCCAAUGUUCUACAGAAAGCGAUGGUGAAGAUCAUUAAUGACACAGUGUGUGAUUCAGUAACGGAGGGUCAGGUGACCUCACGCAUGAUGUGCAGUGGCUUCCUAACUGGAGGCGUGGAUGCUUGUCAGGGUGACUCUGGAGGUCCUCUGGUUUGUGUCUCCGAGGCUAAUAUUUGGUUCCAGUGUGGGAUAGUGAGUUGGGGAGAAGGCUGCGCACGCCGCAACAAACCUGGCGUCUACACACGACUCACAAAGUUCCGUCAGUGGAUACGUCAACACACUCAAGUGUAGCAACGUGAUGAGUUCCAGGACGACAAGAUGCCCAGUGUGUAUACAUAUGUGUAUGAUUGAGAGAGAGAGAGAGAGAGAGAGAGAGAGAGAGAGAGUGUGUGUGUGUGUGAGAGAAAAUAUUUGCCAAAUGAUCCUUAUGGACACUUUUAUUUUUUUAUAUUGCUGAACCUAAAGCUUGAUCCAGCACUUGUUCUCAGGUCUUUAUUAUCAUGGGAAGCUUUAAAUAUAUAAAUUUUAUAAUUCUAAUAAAAAAAAAACAAAA